GGUGUUUUGUACGCGGUGUUAUCAAAUGAUUUUGUCACUUCACCCUCGUCGAGGAUUAACGAUGAAUCGCGCGUGAUUGCUCCAGUGAUUCAUCUUCCAUCUGUAAAGGUGCACCGAUGAUUCUUUAGCUGUUAUAAUGGAUGAACCAACGUCUUCUGAUGCCGGGGACCGGCACUGGGAUCGCCCUUGGAGCACCGAUGAAAUGAGAAAGCACAAGGAACGGUGGAGUCUUGCCUGCGAUGUGGGACUCUACAGGCAUCUCCAGAAGUUUUCGGAGGACAUAACAACAAAAGUGUCAGCCACGGAAUCCUCCCUGGACUCCCUGGUGGAAGAUCUAAAGGAGAGUUCAAUAAUGAUCGACAACGUAACGAACGUGUCCCUGGCGCUGGCGAACACCCAAUUCAUCGAGAGCCGAGUAUACGAGGAGGAAAUACCUGAUAAAUCCCUCUCGAGUCCUCCAACAACGAAAUGCUCCCCAGAAAUUGACAUGAUAUCAGUAGUAAGCGAGAGCAUCAGACAAAGUAUAGCAGUGAUGGAUGCAAAAUACGAACGGGUGGAAGUGCUAGCCUCAAGUGAAAGCGAAGACGAAACAGAAGUUACACCGAGUGUAAUCCUAAAGCCCCAGGAUCCCUAUCAAAACCGUCCACUGCCCUACGUCAUAGGUUCAGAGAAAUGGAGAUCAUCCAGUAAAAUCGGACUAGAGUCCAGCAGCAGCGAAUCCGAGAUGGCAGAGGAGGAAAAAGACUCAGAGUCCUCCGAGGAGACUCCACCCCCCAGGGCCUUCCCUUCAGCCAACCUGGGAUCAAGAUCCUCGAGGAGCACCAGUACCUCUUCCAGUGAAUUUGAUAAGAGCCAUACAAAUGGCGUUAGCUCCAGAACCGAUAAGAUUUACACGCGAAGUCAAGAUACUCUGAAUUCAACGUCUGAGAUAGAGACCCCAACGACUGGGCCUCCGAGGGACAGCAAGAGGGGCCCAAGCUUCGCCGAAGAGUUGGCAAAACGUCUAGGGAAUGUCCUGCCAGUCCAGAAGCCUCUUGAGGACACGAGAGAUCCCGAGGCUUCGAUAAAUCGCUCGAAAGAUGAUUUAUUCGGCUCUGACAACGAAACCGACAGUGUCUUCGCCCCCAAGGGUGGCAGUCUCUUGAGUGAUCGUGGUGGACUAUUCGAUGAGGCCUCCCAGGGCCUCUGGAAGGACAAACCUGCCCCCAGGCCCACGAUGAUACCUCCAAGUCUGGAUAUACCUCCACCAAUUAACUCUGUCGACACUAAACCCAAAUCUGCCAUCGACGAUCUCUUCGGGGAUAAUGAGUCCGACGACUCUGACGACAUCUUCGCUCCCAAUUCCAAAUUCAUGAGUAAAUCCGAUGGGACCGAGGGACCGCAGGGUCGAGUGGACAGGGUUAAAGGACAGGAGGACAACGUCAUGACGAGCACUCCAGAGACCAAUACCAUUCCCAAUCUCUUUGAAGAUGACGAGGACGACAGCAGCCUCUUCAGUCCAAUCGAGAAUGUCAGGAAUAGAUCACCAGAGGCCAUAAGAAAUACAUCGAGAAAACCACCUGGCAUACUUAUCAAUCAGUCUGACCUACUUUCUUCUGCACUUGGUAGCAAACUUUUCAAUCGCGCUAGGAAUGAUUUUUCCGACUCAUCGGAGAAUGAGAGUGCCGAGCCUCAAAAGGAUAAUCAAGAAUCGGUCAAUGUGAAUGAGAACCGAUCGACUGCAUCGGUGGGGAAUACGAGUGAAAGUGUAGUUGCUGGGAAUUUACAGGUGGAGCGCAAUGAAAUCACCACUGACAGCAGUGGAAUAUCCGUUCAUCCGACCAGUGGCAACAGCACAUUGGGCAUGAGUUUAGGAUUGGGGGAGCCGCAGAUGGAAUCUACUCGUUUAUUAUCCGAAGAAAUAUACCGUGAACGUAUAGCAAGCGAUAGCCUGUUCAACCCGGUGCCUCGUCACCUAGAAAAUCCUCAAAACUCGAUAAACGACAGCCACAUAAUUCACAACCAAGCGCAAGAGAUACGCCACCAGGAUAGCACUCGCCAAGAAGACAUAUUUGACAGUGACGAUGUAUUCGGUCCUCCACCACUGCCAAAAACCAACUCCAAGUCCAAGUCCAAAGUAAACUCACUAUUCGACGAUUCAGAUUCGGGUGACGAUCUAUUUUCGAACACGAGUUCUGGAUCGCGCUCGCAGAAGAGCGCGGAUCAAGCGGGUGGUAGUCACUCCGCGGAUAAACCCAAGAUCACCACAAGUGCGCGCCUCUUCGAUCCUGGUGUCGACGUAUUUUUCAAUCGAUCUGCACCGGACAUUGACAUUUUCGCUGAAUCUGGCACUGGCCACCAGGCCAAACUCGAUCAUACGUCACACGAGCCAGAUAAAUCCACCAAUCGAGGGGUUAAGGCUUCCGCCAAAUUAUUCACGAGCGAUAAUCUCUUCGACGACGACGACGAGGAUCUCUUCACCGUAAGGAGAAUUCCUCCCAGGAUGAGUGAUAACAGUGCAGUGAAGGAAAUUCCUACGACUGGGGAUAAAUCUUUGGCAACGGCUUCCAGUGGUGCAGAGGAAGGGAAAAAUGAUUCAACGGUAAAUGAGAAAAGAGGGACGGAUAAAAAUGAGAAAUCUGGGGUGUCUGAUGCCCGCGGGAUCUUUGGAGAUGUCGACGAGGGUGACGAUGACAGUUUGUUUGGACAGAAAAGAGUGAGCCAAACUGUCAUUUCACCUGAGGAGGUAGAGGGAGAGAACGCAACAGAUGGCCCAGUGGUUUCGAAACAAAAAUCCACUGGAGAUCCAAGUGCUGCGAAAAUAGAACCACCGAAGAGCUUGAGAAUUCGACUGCCAGGGCCUGCGGAUGAGUCUGGGGCACCCAAGAGAGCGGUAUCCGGGAAAAUCGCCAACUUGAUGGGGAAAAUGGGGGAUUUGAAGAUUCUCUCCCCCACGGAUACUCCACCGGUUCUCCGAAGGGCUGAGGAAAAACGAGAGGACAGGGCGGGCACUCCUGAUGGAGAUGCUGAGGAUGGAGCAGUACAAAGUGUGGGCAAGACGCAGACAACUACGACAGCUGCCACAUCAAAGGAUUCCACUACCCGAGAGGUGUCAUCUCCAUCAGUGCUUGAUACGGAAACUGCAGUGAGUUUUGAUCUUCCGGCGCAGGUCGAAACAUUGUCCAUUGCUUCAAAGAGUCGUGCGAGAAUUCCGGCAAAACGAAGGCCCCAGAGCAGGCAAGCACGUCAUUCAGCCCUACGCCACAGUGGAAUCGAUUUUGACAGCGUAGACUCAGGAGACUCUCUUUCAGAGGCUCCCCCAGCUCCAGAGAGUCCAAGCCACCCCGAGGAAGCUGCAAUUGACAGACUGGCAGCUCCAGCUGAUGGGAACCCCGUGAAGCCCUCAAACUUGCUUUCCGAUGAUAAAUCUGAAUUGAGCCUGGGCAAGGAAAGUUCAAUGAGCAUAACAAAGAACACGUUGUUAUCCCCCUCGACCGACGAGGAAGACUUGUUUGACGUGCCCCCAGAUUUGCCAGAGGACCCCCAAAAGGAGGAUAUUUUAUUCGGUCGUGCGCCCAUUCUAUCUCCAGUAGUCCUCGAUGAGACUGACCCCAAAAAGAACAAAGAAAAAAAAGAGAAUAAAGAGAAUAAAGAAAAGAUUGAAAAAAUCGAGAAGAUUGAGAAGAGCGAACAAAAUUCUGAGAGCCAAGAUUCUGACGUUUCAGAUCCUCUGAGAAGAUCUUGCGAUGCCCUGAAAGAUCCCAGUCAACUCUUCGCCUUUGUAACGAAGACCCCAUCUCCAGAAAAACCUAAAGAUCUGUUACCCGGUGAUGUUGAUGACAGCCUCUUCUCCCAGGCCCCAGCAAAGAAAUCGAGUGAAUCAAAACCGAAGAAAACUUUCGAUCUCUUUGCAGACGACGACAGCAGUGGGGACUUGUUCUCUGGUCCCUUCACCAAAGCCAUUGGAAAGAAACCAGUAAAGGAGAAGGCCAGUCUUUUCGAUGAUCUCCACAGUGAUGAAGACAACACUGGUGAUGACCUUUUUGGCUCAGUGUCCAGCAAGAGGAGUCACAGUAAGUCUGAGUGCAACGAAAUCGCUGAUGAAGUCUCUAGCCCAUCGAGGCUUUCGCUGAAAGGUUUUCCUGGUGACGAGGAGGAGGAGGACGACGAGGAACUCUUCUUCGAUGCCAGUGAGAAGCCAUCAGACUCGCUUAAAGAGAGCUCGCUGUUCCCAUCCACCAGCAAAAUUCCUAAGACAAAACUCGAGGAUAUAUUCGGCGAUCCUUCUAGUGGGGAUGAUGAUAUAUUCUCUACAAAAAAACCUGAAGUCCACUCUGGAGGUGGUGGCAAUGAUAGGAAUUAUUCUGAUGGCGGUGAUAUAUUUUGUAAGAGAGUUAGUGAUGGGCCAAAGGAGGCAGCUCCUUCUGUCAGGAAGUCGGUUACUAGAGAUUUAAAGAAAACAGCUGAAAAAAUUGUCGAGGAUCCAUUGAGGAUGUUCCAAGACGAAUAAUGAUGUUAUUAAAGUAAAUAUGUGCAUAUUUUUCUAUUUCGACAGGGUUUUGUUUCUACGGUGCAGCCAGUGGUGCAAUGGGUUGGCAUUUUCCUGAUUUUUAUUUUUGAUUGGAAAAUAUGGAGAAUAUAUGAACCACUGGAUACUGCAGCCCAGAUGACAGUGGCUAAUCAUGACGGACUAUUUAUUCGAAUAUUAAUACUGUUGAUAGGCUUUAAUUAGAUUAUUGUAACCAAACUGAAGAGAUAUUUUCUACUGUAUAUAUCGAUUAUCGCGGAUUUUGUGAGGAAACUGUUUGAAAAUAAGCAUCAACGUGCUAAUUAGUUGAAUUGAUACAUAAAUCUGGGAGAAAACUUGUUGAUCGUGAAACGAAACUCCAAGUGUACAUGAUUUCAUUGAUUUUUAUUCAAUAAAGAGAGGAAAUACGUCAUUACUGAAUGAUCA